UUUUAUAACCUUUAUCGAUGAACUGUUUAGUUUUAAACAUAGUUUGAAAGCAGAAUUUAAAAGAGUUUACUAUACCCUUUUAUAAUCACGAUAAGAAAAUAUCCAGCUAACUGACUGGCGUAUUAUUAUCAGUACCAGAUAUUCUGUUAAGCAAUCAAGUACACAACAUGGCGCACAUUGUUGAUUUGAGAUCAGAUACGGUGACAAAACCGAAUAAGUUGAUGAAACAUGCCAUGGUCAAUUCAGCGGUUGGUGAUGAUGUGUAUGGAGAAGAUCCGACAGUCAAUGCUUUGGAGUCCAAAGUGGCAACUCUAUUGGGAAAGCAGGCUGCCUUGUUUCUGCCUACAGCAACCAUGGCCAACUUAGUGGCAGUUAUGGUGCACUGUAACAAAAGGGGCUCUGAAGUUCUGGUUGGCAGUAAGGCUCACAUAUACAAAUAUGAACAAGGUGGUGCAUCUCACGUCGCUGGUACCUUACUCAGUACAGUGGAGAACAAACCGGAUGGUACUUUUGACCUGGCUGAAGCAGAAAGAAGGAUCCAGGGCUCUGACAUUCACGAGCCGGUGACCACCAUGAUAGCCAUUGAAAACACUCACAAUGUGUGUGGAGGGAAGGUAGUACCCCAAGAUUGGAUAGACGCUGUCGGUGCGUUAUGUAAGAAGUACUCCCUGGCGCUACACAUGGACGGCUCUAGACUGAUGAAUGCGAGCGUCCAGUCCGGGGUGCCAGCGGAGAGGAUAGUUCGGGACUGUGACAGCGUGACGCUGUGCUUCAGCAAGGGCUUGGGUGCUCCGGCCGGGGCGGCGCUGGCCGGCUCAUAUCAUUUUAUACAGCAGGCUCGUCGAGCACGCAAGAUGGUGGGCGGCGGCAUGCGUCAGUCGGGCGUGCUGGCGGCGCCCGCCUUGGUCGCGCUAGAGCACGGCCUGCCCGCGCUCGCGCUUGACCAUAAACGAGCUGAUCGCCUCGCACAGAUAAUCCACGGCCUGUUUCUCAAGAACUUCACAGUGGACGUGGCCGGUCGGCACACGAACAUCGUGCUGGUCCGCAUCCCGGACGCCAGCGCGCUCACCGCUGACGUCGUGCUGCAGAGGUUGGCGCAGGUCUCCCGUGCUGAGACACAGGGUGACUGCAAGACAGCGGAUGAUGAAGGUGUGAUAGUGAAGGGGUCGUGUUUCACACCCAAACUGAUGCGGUUCGUGACGCACUGUGACGUCACCGACGAGGACCUGUGGCUCGCCAUCAUGAAGGUCACGUACGUGUUCAAGGAGCUCGACGCCAAGUACCCGAUAUCGCAGUGACGUCACGCGCUCGUCGCCCGCUGUACUGUGACGUCACGCACCCGUACUGUGACGUCACACGCUCGUCGCUCGCCACACUGCCCUGUGACAUCACGCGCUCGUCGCCUGCUGCACUGUGACGACACACGCUGGUCGCUCGCGCUGUGACGUCACAUUCUCGGUGCUCAAACUAUGACGUCAAGCGCUCGUCGCCUGCCGCACUGUGACGUUACGCACUCGUCGUCUGCUAUACUGUGACGGCACGCCUUGGUUGCCUGCUACACUAUGACGUCAUCGAAAAGGACCUGGAGCUCGGCACUUAAAAAACUCAGUUACGCGAGACCAAACUAACUGGGGGCUCUUAAAAAUUGUUUGAUACUAUUCCCUCCCACGAUGGCUCGACACUGCCCUAAGAAUCGUUGACUUAGUUUUAGUAACAACUUACCAAUAUACGGUAUACCACGUCACAGGUUCUGUCACGUGGUAUAAGCUAUGAGUGCGAGAGUGCGUCGCAAUUUGGACAACUUCGGGAUAGACAUUCCCAAGAUGAUGUCAUUAAAUCUAAAAAAAAAAUAUUGGGUGUUAAAGCAUACUGUCUGUGUAACAUGAUUAUAGUCUGUCAAGAAAGUGAAGAGAUUAAAAAGUGGCAACAUC